AUGUUGCGUCCUCGAUUGAUGCUUCAAUACCUUAUGUGCCUGCUAUGUCUUAUGAACCCGAUACCUGCUCCUAGAAACAUUGCACGCGGUCUACUACGCUCCGGCAAAAUUGUCCGCUACAUCAGCGAUAUACCCUGCGACGUCAUACAAACCCUGGAAAAUGAUGCAAAUGAAGCCCAAGACUUCGUCGAAGAUCUUAAGCAGGGCAAAGUCCCCACCCUGAUCGAAAAUCUUCCGAAUGAAGUGACGGGCGCCUUUAAAGACGUCCUGAGCUUGUUUGUCACUCUACCUAGUGAGCUUGUUGGCGCCGCUGAGGCUGCUGUCACGGACGCUGUCCAUAUUUUCAACGACAUUGAGACGGGAGCUAUUGUCUCGGACCUCGAGGAACUACCAGGAGUAAUAGUAUCAGACGUGACUAGCGCGUGGGGUGACCUUACAUCAGGACUAGAGGACGAUUGGAACGCUGCAACGCAUGCCAUAGCGUGUUUCUUCGGUGAUUGUCCUACCAGCACUGCCGCUACGGGGACAUGUCAAGGCCAAACUGAAGCUAGUGCCACAAGCGAAGACGGCCCCUCGACAGAGACCAGCGUCAUCACCUCCGAGGUCAGUAUAGCUAGGUCGUACUACGCUUCGGCGACGAGUGUUCCUCCAGUCGCCACGAUGGGCGAAGCUACUCCUGUGCAGACGCCCAACAGCGUACCGGCGCCCACUGAUACUACCCAUGCCACAGGGCAGGCCUCAACUUUGGGCAGCCAGACCACGGGCGCACCUGCCACCUCCCCGAGUGUCCCAGCUGAUAGCGGAUCUAAGGGGAUUGAUGGUGCCACAAAGGCGGGCGCAAUUGCUGUUUUGACACUACUCUGCGUCGCUUUCUGGCUUUGA